UAGGUAGAGCUUGUUAGAGGCUGAUUCAACUUACCUCGGCAUUGCUGGGGCUCGGCUACCUACCGACUGGACAUCCGACCUGACGACCUGAGAUACCUGGGCACGCAAGUACUAUGUACACGCACUAAUGGGUAGAUAGUAUCUACCUACAAUACAUCUUAUGAGACUCUCUCUACAUAGUCUGUGAAUAUAAAUUAUCUGUAGAAACAAGAAGUUGAACAUCUCAUCCAUCCCGACACGUUUGGGGUUGAAAGAAUUGGUUGCUGGUUGCGCCUUGCUUUGCGACACUACAAAUUCUAUAUACUGCGUUAGGUACUAUCUACAUAGGAGGGGCACUCUCCACUGUCCUACAGUCUAAGUACAGGUAGGUACCUAGUACAGAAACGCUAACACAGCGUCACAGCCGGGUACAUCGUCCGCGACAUAUGACAAACUACCGCGGCUGCUUUGCCAUACUUACAUACGAAGUAGUAUAUCCAUCCAUCGUCACAGCGACCCAUCCGCACUUCCCUGCCACGGUCGAUUACUUGGUGCUAAAGGAUCAGGCAAUCCACACCUCUUGACGCUUCUUCUCUUCUCUUCUCUUCUCAAUUUCCCUUCCUUGUCCUAUACACCCCGGACUCUGUGAUGUUGGCCUCGCUGGUAAAGAGCCGGACACAGAGUACUGCUCUCCGAUCAUUAAUACGCAGAGGCACAGCCGCAAAGAGUCCUCUCAUGGCGCCCGCGUCGAAACGGAGCAAUAGCUCCCUCCCACAAGGCUACGCCGAAGACAAGUCCAAGGGUCCAAUGCUCCGGUUCCAGGAAUCCCUGCCUCGGUUACCAGUGCCCACCCUCGAAGAGACCGCCGCCCGCUACGUCAAGAGCAUACAUCCCCUACUAAGCCCCGACGAGUUUGCCGCAAGCAAAAAGGCCGUUGACGAGUUCAUAAAGCCUGGGGGCGCUGGCGAGAAGCUGCAGAAGAAAUUGGUUGCAAAGCGAGAAGACCCGAAAACCAAGAACUGGAUUUACGAAUGGUGGAAUGACGCCGCCUAUCUUUCAUACCGCGACCCCGUCGUUCCCUACGUCAGCUACUUCUACUCACAUCGCGAUGAUCGUCGCCGGCGCAACCCCGCCAAGCGUGCUGCUGCCCUUACGACCGCCGCUCUCGAGUUCAAAAAACAGGUUGACAGCGGUACACUUGAGCCUGAAUACAUGAAGAAGCUUCCCAUCUGCAUGGACAGCUACAAGUGGAUGUUCAAUGCCAGCAGGGUUGCUGCUAAGCCCGCCGACUACCCUGUCAAGUUCGACCCUAAUGAGCACAAACAUAUCAUUGCGAUACGCAAAAACCAGUUCUUCAAGAUAGCGCACGAGGUCGACGGCCAGCAAUUGAACACCACAGAACUUGAAGCACAAUUUACCAAGGUCUAUGAGCUUGCUCAGCGGGUGCCCGCCGUCGGUGCGCUUACUAGUGAGAACAGGGACGUCUGGACAGAGGCUCGCAAAGUUCUUCUAAACGCUUCGCCCAGGAACGCAGCAGCACUCGAGGCUAUCGAGUCUGCCUCAUUCGUUGUCUGCUUAGACGAUGCGGCCCCUGUGACGCUUGAGGAACGGGCGCACCAGUACUGGCAUGGUGACGGUCAAAAUCGCUGGUAUGAUAAGCCGCUACAAUUCAUCGUGAAUGACAAUGGCACCUCGGGUUUCAUGGGUGAGCACAGCAUGAUGGACGGAACGCCAACACACCGGCUCAACGACUAUGUCAACGAUCUCAUUUUUGGCAACAAGCUGGACUUUAGCAACCCGUCUGUGCGAUCAAACUUGUCGGACCCCGUUGCAGUGAACUUCGACAUCACGCCUAACGUAAUGGGCGAGAUUAACCGUGCAACUAAGGACUUCGCUACCGUCAUAGGACAACAUCAGCUCGCUGUUCAAGCUUAUCAGGCCUAUGGUAAGGGCCUCAUCAAGAAGUUCAAGUGCUCGCCCGACGCCUAUGUGCAGAUGAUUAUUCAACUGGCAUACUAUAAGAUGUUCGGAAAGAACAGACCUACAUACGAAUCGGCAGCAACACGGCGGUUCCAGCUCGGUCGCACGGAAACCUGUCGUACAGUAUCGGACGACAGCGUUGCCUUUUGCAACGCCAUGGCGUCCUCAGAUGUCUCGGAUGAGGACCGCAUCUCUCUCUUCCGUAAGGCUAUCGCUGCGCACAUCGAGUACAUCAGCGCCGCCUCAGAUGGUAAAGGUGUAGACCGCCACCUCUUUGGUCUCAAGAAACUACUUGAACCUGGCGAGGAGGUACCCGCCAUCUACAAGGAUCCUGCGUACGGUUACAGCUCUUCCUGGUACCUGUCUACGAGCCAGUUGAGUUCCGAGUUUUUCAACGGUUACGGUUGGAGUCAGGUUAUCGAUGCAGGCUUCGGUAUUGCCUAUAUGAUCAACGAGAACAGCCUCAACUUCAAUAUCGUCUCCAAGGGCCUCGACAGCCAGAAGAUGAGCUACUACAUCAACGAGGCGGCGGGCGACAUUCGGGACUUGCUGUUGCCCACGCUCGAGGCACCCAAGGCUAAGCUAUAAAAUUACCUAUGAAAAAGAAAAGUACUGCUCUACACGAGACGGAUACCCACGCUUGCUUACUUACCCCGUGGAAUUAUGCAUUAUCAGCGUGUCCAAUCUUCUGUGCCCAAUAGACUAGACAGAUUAAAGACCUGGAUGUUGAACGGGCAUGUGACCAGCUGGGUUAGUGCCAUGUCAUUGUAUAUAGGAUCUGCCGUGACUUGAAUCAUCACGAAUAUAAAUCAUUGAUCUAGUUUAAGUAAAUUCAUUUUAUUUGUCUG